AUGUUCUGGAAAUUCGGGCUUGGUGCUACUUCCGCCAUCGAUGGUCUACUUGAAAAGGAAGAUCGGACGCUUGAAGAAUUACUAGACGAAGAUGAUUUGCUUCAAGAGUGCAAGGCACAUAACCAGAAAUUAAUUGAAUAUUUGCGAGGUCCAAAUGUGCUUUCUCAACUAUUCAAUUACAUCACUCGGGACGAUUUGGAUGACAAACAGAAUUUUAAAUAUCCUUACAUCGCUUGCGAAGUACUAUGUUGCGAAAUCUGGGAAAUUUGCGAAGCAAUAAUGGAGAAUAUUGAUCUGCUUGCAUCAUUCUGGCAACUGCUGGAUCGGCCUCCGCCAUUGAAUCAGUUGCAAGCCAGUUAUUUUAUGAAAGUGAAUGCUAUACUUUUGCAGAGAAAGACAAGUGAGAUGGUGAAAUUCAUAGAAUCAAUUCCUGGUGUAGUACAUAGUAUGCUUUCUCAUAUGGAGACAUCUGCUAUUAUGGACUUGCUACUAAAACUCAUAAGCAUGGAGGAAUAUACGGAAGGCGCCGGCAUUGUGGACUGGUUGGAUUCAGAAGGCUUAAUUGAAUCACUCGUUUCCAAGUUAGAUCCUAAUUUCGACUCAGAGACACACUCGACAACCGCGCAGGUUCUGAUUGAUAUAAUUACGCUGUCUCAGUCGACUAAUCCUGAGCAAGGCGGAAUUGGUCCCAACGCACUCAGUCAAAAAUUAAUCAGCGAGCCAACAGUCUCUAAACUUGUAGACUAUAUGCUAGACCCAGAAGCGCCAAACUCAACGUCGACACUGACGAAUGGUGUAAGCAUCUUUCUACAGAUCAUUCAAAAGAAUAAUUGCGAUUACGAAGAACGUUCACCAUCCUUGGCUCCACAUCAGCCACAACCAUUUCCUGUUGUUGACCUGAGUGAUAUGCUACGAGUGUUUGCUAAUCGAAUAGGCGAGUUCAAGGCUUUGUUGGAGAAACCAAAAUCAGUGACCGCUGAAAUUGAAACAACAAUAGGCAAAAUGAUUCCUUUGGGUUCCGAACGCUUUCGAAUAUGCGAACUCUUUGCUGAGCUUUUGCACUGUUCCAACAUGCACCCGCUCAACGCUGGUCGGAAUAAAUUGCCUAGGACCAACGGCUACUAUGAGUUGAAACACAUGGAGGAUUACAACGAUUACGGUCAAGCUGCCAUGUCUUUUAUUUCUGCGGACCAACUUGUCCAACCAACUCCAUAUAUUAUUCAAACUCAAGAGACAGGCAACACGGCCGAUGAAACCGCCAAACCUGAUUCGAUUGAAAGCAAUGAUGUAAAAGAAGAAAAACCACAAAAUGGGGAUACAAUACCGAUUCCUUCAACGGAAAAUACUUCUACUCACCAAAUACAAGAGCAAGUCGGGCUUGAUGCUGUCAUUGUUGAAGAAAAUGAAGUAAAAGAUGUCCUGUCACCAAUGGAAAUUGUCGAGCAAGAACAGAAAGAAAAUACUGAUGGGAUGAAGAGUCUGAUCAUCGAGAAUGCGGAUGAUCCGGCAUCGAAUGGCUCUAUAGAUGAUGUUGGCAAAUUACCCGUUGGUGAUAUAUUGAAGGCUAAGUUUAUUGAGCACAGGAUUAUACCGACGUGUCUGGAUCUUUUCUUCAACUUUAAAUGGAACAACUUCCUUCAUACAGUGGUUUAUGAUAUGAUUGCUCAGAUAUUCAAUGGUCGAAUGGAUGUCGGCUAUAACAAAGAAUUGGCCAUUUCAGUCUUUAGAGAUGGUCAAUUGACUAAAAGGAUCACAAAAGCUCAGCGGUUAAAUGAUUAUGAAGUCGCACAACCUAAAGGCGUUCGACUAGGCUAUAUGGGACAUUUGACGUUUAUCUCCGAGGAAGUUAAAAAACUCAUUGAAAGGCAUGGCAUAGAAAUCGUUGAUCAAAUCAGAGAAUAUUUUGAAGCCGAAGAUUGGCAGGAAUAUGUUGCAAAAACACUUCGGGAAACUUUGGAGCGUGAUCGUCAACCACUUGGAGGCCAACGGCCUAGUAAUCAUGAUAGCUUAUCUCCUAGUCGAGAAGUAAGCGAUGACAGUGAGACUGAUGAGGACGAUUUAAUUGAACCGGCGAAUGGGCCUGUGGCGCACGAACGGUUUGCUAUUUAUUUGUGCCAACAGAUUACAAGCGAAUUACCAGACCAAAUUUCUGAUGACUCUGAAGACUCUGAUGAUGAAGCAUGGAUGGGGAGUGAUGAGGGCGACAUUGACAUAAGAGCCCCAUAUAUAAAUCCCGCCAUGGCAGAGCAUAUAUUCAAAGAUAGACGCAGCUCCCUAAACUCGACUCCUCCUCACCCAAACGAGUCUAACACAACUGAUAUUCCGAAAAUAGUGUUAAACAAUAAUGAGAAUGAGAAGAAUGAUUUGGAUGAUGAAAAGGUUGAUGUGAAAGUGGAAAAUCAUGUUGAGACAGAGGGGGAGUUUACAGACUUUUCUAGUAUUGAGCAUAAGGAGAGCCAGAUUGAGCAAUUUACAGUGGAUGGAACAAAAGAAAAUGGCGAUGAUGGAUAUCUGGAUCCGAAAGAAUAUCCUUUGGCCGAUACGCCUACUCCACCUGCUCUUAAGAGGUUCUGUUUUGAUCUCAACGGGCAACCAACGUAUUUCAGAGAGGAUGAAGAGUCUGAACAGGCUAUCGUCAAGCUUCAGGAAGCGCUGUAUAAAAUGCGAGCAACUGGUCCAACGACAGCUUCGAAUAGUCAAACAUUUCAUACUACUCCGACCAAGCCAAGAGCAAGGCAGUCUUCCUCCCAAGACAUUGACAACGAGCUGGCCUCGGACGAUUCAUGGCAGGAUUUGGCCACGGAAUUCAGAAGAAAUUCACAAUCGUCAUCUGCCUCCAACUCAGGAGCGAUGUCACCGACUAAUGCCCAAUUUGACUCCACUUCCCCUCUCAUACAGCCAACACCCAUGUCAUCUUCAUCUCGACACUUUACUUCUAUCACAACAUCAAAUCUUGGAAUGGACACUCCGUCAACAACAAGAAGCACCCACUCAUCAGCACUCCCAUCUCCAUCUUUAUCUCCCGUGACUGGUAUGUCUGCGUCUGGUAAUAACAAUCAAUUCGAUUCACUUUUUGCUCAAGCGGUUCCAAACGAAGUCGAUGUAGAGGAUACCCAAGACUCGACUGAUUCAAAGACGCCAUGGCACUUGACGAAACCAUCAAUACCUCAUGUUCCAUCAUUGCUUGACCUUCCGACUAUGUUAGCAACCUUUGAUGCGUUACCGGGGACAAUGCAAUCAUACAUGCUAUUCCAUUUGCUUCGUCGAUGCCCGGCCAACACACUCCAAUACGUAAGCAAUAUCAUCCUUCCUGCUUUGCGAAAAGACUUUCUCGGGUUACUACCGCUCGAACUAAGUCUUCACAUUGUAAGGUAUCUUGAUGCACGUAGUAUGUGUCAGGCAGCAAUAGUCAGUAAACGGUGGAGGUCAGUCAUUGAUGGCGAUGGAUUCACCUGGAAACGUAGAUUGGAAGCCGAUGGAUAUGUAUUAGAAGAAGGAGAAGAGGAACGGUGUAUUCGAGAAGGAUGGAGUGUUUUGUCUCCUAUAAGGUCAAUAAACUAUAGGGGGAAGGAAGUAGACAGGGCAAAUCAACAGAUGCAGUUAGAAAGUACAAUAGGAACAGAAAAUGAAAACAACUUAUUCGCCACUAAAUUGGACGAUACUUCUGUCCCAAUGGAAAGAUAUACAUCUAACAAUGAGACAGAAUUAAUGAAUGUCGACCUGGAUAAUACAAUGCAAGAAAACUCUACUUUUGAUUCUAUGUUUGAAUCCAUUCGUCCAUCAAACUCCUUUUCAUCAACAGCAUCGGCAACACUUUCCCAUAAAGGCAAAGAAAAAUCGGCUGAAGAUGAAAAUGAUGACAGCGAUGAUAUAAUGUCCCAGUCAUCCAUGUCUGCUUUUCCAGCAUCGACUGAGCGACCACAUAGCAUUUCCCUUGAUGCAGCUUCUAAACUCCCGCUCGAGCCAUCUGCCAGACAUCCGUAUAAGGCAAUUUAUAGGAGACAUCAUCUAAUCAGACAGAACUGGCGCCAUGGUAGAUACAAACACAUUUCGUUUCCUGGUCACGGCAACAACGUUGUUACUUGUUUACAGUUCGAUACCGAAAAGAUAAUCUCCGGAUCGGAUGAUCAAUGUAUUAACGUUUAUGAAACAGCCACGGGAAAGUUAAUAAACCGUCUUGAAGGGCAUGACGGCGGUGUCUGGGCAUUACAGUAUGUUGGUAAUACUUUGGUUUCAGGGUCAACAGACAGAACGGUACGCGUAUGGGACAUCAAGCGUGGGGUAUGCACUCAUAUAUUUCCCGGCCACACCAGUACUGUGAGAUGUUUACAAAUAAUCAUGCCCCAGGCUACAAGCGAUUCUACUAUGGUUGAACCGCCCAUCCCUCUAAUAGUCACUGGUUCUCGUGACUCCACACUUCGUGUCUGGCGUUUACCCGAUACCACUAAUGACACCCCGUUCGCACCAUCCAAUCCAUCGUCUCCUUCUGAUAACAUGUCACUUCAGGACAAUCCAUAUUUUAUCCGUACACUUCAAGGACAUACGCACUCUGUUCGCGCUCUGGCUGGAGUAGGAAAUACUUUGGUUAGCGGUAGUUACGACUGCAGUGUGCGAGUGUGGAAUAUUAUGACUGGAGAGUGUUUAUGGAGGCUUACUGCUCAUACACAGAAGGUGUAUUCAGUAGUAUUGGAUGCAAAAAGAAAUAGGUGCAUGAGCGGCAGUAUGGAUGGCACGGUGAAAGUAUGGAGCUUGGAAGACGGAACAUGUGUUUGGUCUUUAGAAGGUCACUCUUCUCUUGUCGGCCUUCUUGACUUGUCACAUGAUUAUCUCGUCUCGGCGGCAGCAGACUCGACUCUGCGUAUUUGGAAUCCGAAUGAUGGCACUUGUAAACAUGUGUUGACUGCACACACUGGUGCAAUCACCUGCUUUCAGCAUGACGAACACAAGGUCAUAUCUGGGUCUGACGGUACAUUAAAAAUGUGGGAUGUAAAGACGGGCAAGUUCGUUCGUGACCUGUUGACUGGGCUCAGUGGUGUUUGGCAAGUGAGAUUCGGUGAACGCAGAUGUGUGGCAGCUGUACAACGCAAUCAAGUCACAUUCUUCGAAGUAUUGGAUUUUGGUGUAUAUAAUGUUGAAGAAGAUAAUAACAUUACCGGAGAGAAUGGAGAAUGGAUUCCCAGAAGAACGACUGUUGGCGUUAAUGAUGGAGACGCCAGUAGUUGA